AAAGUGAGUGAAAUUUGUUAUUUUUUUUCUUUUGAAAUGUCAUCAUGUCUUUUAAUUAAUGGUGAAAAUAAUUAAAACUUAUUAUAUUGUGUGUUAUUGCUGCGGCGUGCAAUAUGGUAGCGUUUCUCAUAUGCGCAACUUUCGUUUUGCUAUAAGUUAUCUUUAUAGUUAGUAGUCGUGAGUAGUCUUGUGAGGCAGGAAUCGAUCAGUGUUAUUAAACGGGGAUAAAAUCAUAACAUUCGUACAAUAAAUACUAAUGCUAAUCUAUUAUGAUCAACUUAAGAAAUUUAUUAACUACUGAUUGCUGCUAUUUUCAAAUCGAUGAAACUUUUAAGACUUAAGUAACCCAACUGAAGAGCAUUUUCCAAUUAUUUGAAAUAUUGUGAUGAAAAUUUCUUUCGAGCAGCUGAAGUUCUAUUUGACUAUCGUGCCAUCAUGAUAAAGUGUUCAAAUUGAAGACGUUUCUCUUGUCAAAGUAUGUCAUGUAAAUACAGGACUCGAAAUUUAAAAAUCUCUCUUGUAUGAUAUAAAUAAGCAAAGACGAAUUUAUUAACAUAUCUUGAUUUAUGUAAAACUAUGUAUUUAAAUCCAAAGGAAGAAGAUAUCAUAUAAUCUACGUAUUUCAAUGUAUUCUAAAAACGUAAAAUAAUAAAUAUUUAUAAAAAAAGCCGAACAACGCGGGCGAACAGAGAAAAAGAAAAAUUUUUAUUUUUAAUUUUAUGCUGUUUGUUUGCUGUUGUUACCGCGGGGAACAACUAAAUGGAUCCAUAUCAUCAUAUACGACAACAUUAUCAACCACCCAAUAGACCAGAAUUGCACCAAAAAUGCAAUCGCGGCUCGCAUUCAAGUGAUACCAGUUCAGCUUAUAGUGGCAGUGAUACAAUGGCUUCCGUCUACGGUUCAUCACUAGAAGGCGAGGAGAUUGAUUUCUCCGGUUUAGUUGAAUCUACAGUAGAUUCAGAUGAAGAGGAUUUGGCGGAAUCUAUGGAUAGUUUAAAUGUUCGUGAUGCUGUACGUGAUUGCCUUGAAAAGGAUCCGUCCGAACGUACCGAAGAAGAUGUGGAGAUUUUGUUGGAAUUCACUCAGGGCCUUAAGGCUUUUACCAAUAUUACACUGUCAGUGAGGAGGGCUCUUUGUUCGGUCAUGGUAUUCGCUGUGGUCGACAAAGCUGGCACAGUAGUUAUGUCUGAUGGCGAAGAAUUGGAUUCGUGGUCCGUUCUAAUCAAUGGCGCAGUGGAAAUCGAGCACGCAAAUGGCGAGCGCGAGGAACUGCAAAUGGGUGACUCAUUUGGCAUUCUCCCAACUAUGGAUAAACUUUAUCAUAAAGGUGUCAUGCGUACAAAAUGUGAUGAUUGCCAAUUCGUGUGCAUAACUCAAACAGACUACUAUCGCAUACAGCAUCAAGGUGAGGAGAAUACCAGAAGACAUGAAGAUGAAGACGGUCUCGUCGUAAUGGUUACAGAAUUGCGGCAAAUUGGUAACAACGACGCAACGAGUGCCACUACAACGUCGACUUCGGCCAGUUCAAAUACAAAGCGAGGACACGUGGUUAUCAGAGGCACUCCAGAGCGUUUAUUACAGCAAUUAGUAGAAGAGAACUCCAUGACCGAUCCUUUUUAUGUGGAAGAUUUCUUAUUGACUCAUCGAAUUUUCAUCAAGAACUCUCAGGAAGUUAUACAAAAGCUCUUAAACUGGUUUGAAGCCGACAGCCAGAAAGAAAUUCUGCCGAAAUUUGCCAGUCACGCCACUAACCAAGAGAUCAGAGACCGCGUGACUAGAGUGGUACUAUUAUGGGUGAAUAAUCAUUUUACUGAUUUUGAAGCUGAUCACGAAAUGAUGGAAUUUCUAGAGGUUUUCGAAGCAGGAUUAGAGCGUAAAAAAUUACUAAGCCAGUUAAGAUUACUGCAUAUAGCUUGUGCUGCCAAAGCUCGAAUGCGUUCCUGCAUUUUAGCACGUAGUUCUAGAGACGAGUGCUUGAAUUUCAAAAUUAUUGGAGGAUAUGAAAUGCGUACUGCCUGUGUUGCUACCGGUGGUUAUGGAAUUUAUAUUUCCCAUGUAGAGGCGGGAUCAAAAGCACAGGACACUGGUUUGAAAAGGGGUGAUCAAAUCCAUGAAGUAAAUGGCCAGUCGUUUGAACAUGUGACCAGUAAACGAGCACUGGAGAUACUUAUGAGCAGCACUCAUUUGAGCAUCACAGUGAAAAGUAAUCUUUUAGGUUUUAAGGAAAUGAUGCAGGCCGUCGAAUGUAACAACAGUGGAUCGAUAAACUGUGGAAAUGGCAACGUUGCCGGUUUAGCGUCCAAGUCUUUACGGACUCCGAGGCGUAUCUGUGCUAAUGAUGUCGCCAAGUUGCAUGGUCGAGCCGAUUCCACUACAGAUGAAUUGUCAGCUGCUGCUAAUCGGGCUCAUAUAGUUCGCUUGAGUUCCGUAGACAUGCUACUGCAUAAUGCUGGUGAAGAUCAAACAGAUCGUGGUUUGCAGUCGCCAGUUGCACCGCUGCAAACUGCAGGCAACUUAGCUACAAAUUUUAUGAAUAACUUAUUGCAAAGUGUUAACGUAUCGGCGAAAAAGGACACUAGUUUGCAAGGCAAUGGAAGUGGCGAGGGCAAAGGUGGAGGGUUUAUGACACUGGCUCCUAAGCGUAGAUUGCAAAAGGCCUUGGCAAAAAUGAAUCUUUUGAAUAAGAAUAUUAGUGGUUUGCACAAUAGUAAUCUUAACGACUCCAGCGAUGCUUUGCUCAAUAUGGGGACUCAAGAAAAGGUUGGUAAGUCUGGAUCAUUAAGCAGCGGCAGUUCAUCUUCAGUGGGUGGACGUCUUUAUCAGUCGCAAUCUAAUCCUGACUUGACUUCCUCGCAAUGCUAUGAAUCGAGCACAACCCCUACCAGUAAUAUAAAUUUGGGAAAUUAUUUGUCUGCCUCCGUACACCGCCCUUCGACAGCUUCUGCUUCGGGCAGUGUGGUACCUGAUUAUCCGGAACAUGUAUUAAAGGUAUACAAAGCCGAUCAGACAUGUAAAUAUCUGCCGAUCAAUAAAGAGACAACUGCUCAUGAGGUGGUAAUGCUGGCGCUGCAGGAAUUCGGUAUCCAUGAUCCUAGCUCGAAUUUUUCUUUAUGUGAGGUCAGCGUUGGUGAGGGGGGUAUGGUUAAACAACGACGUCUACCCGAUCAAUUGCAGAAUCUAGCAGAACGCAUCAGUUUCGCAGCUCGUUACUAUCUGAAAACUAAUACAAUAACUGAAACUUUAGUGCCCGAUGAAUUGGCAUUGGAACUUGUGCGAGAAUCUAACGUUCAUUUUCUGCAAUUGAAUGCCUAUGAGCUGGCCGUACAGCUGACUUUACAGGAUUUUUCCAUAUUCCGGCAAAUUGAAUCAACCGAAUAUGUGGACGACUUAUUUGGUCUUAAAACAAAAUAUGGCGUACCUAUGCUGAGCAGAUUCUCCGAAUUGGUGAAUCGCGAAAUGUUUUGGGUGGUUACAGAGAUUUGCGGCGAGCACAAUAUUGUACGUCGAAUGAAAAUUGUGAAACAAUUCAUUAAGAUUGCGCGACAUUGCAAGGAAUGCCGUAAUUUUAAUUCAAUGUUUGCUAUUAUUUCGGGGCUUGGUCAUGCGGCUGUAUCACGUUUACGGCAAACUUGGGAAAAGUUACCCACCAAAUAUCAAAGACUCUUCUCGGAUCUGCAAGAUCUGAUGGAUCCUUCGCGUAAUAUGUCUAAAUAUCGUCAAUUGGUUUCCUCCGAACUGAUUAAUCAACACCCGAUUAUACCUUUUUAUCCGAUCGUUAGAAAGGAUUUGACAUUCAUCCACUUAGGCAACGAUACUUGGGUGGAUAACUUGAUCAAUUUCGAAAAGCUAAGAAUGAUAGCAAAAGAAGUAAGAUUGCUGACCCAUAUGUGUUCUUCACCCUACGAUUUGUUGGCUAUACUGGAACUGAAAGGGCAAUCGCCUUCAAAUGCCAUGUUUUCUUUGAAUCAAAUGUCAACUUCACAAGGUGGUACUGCUGGAGGUCCUACGAUGAUAGCUGCAAAUGCCGGGCAAGCGACUAUUAAGAGGCGCAAGAAGUCAGCGGCUGCACCCAAUUCCAAAAAAAUGUUUGAAGAGGCUCAAAUGGUACGGCGAGUCAAAGCCUAUCUCAAUAACCUAAAAAUCAUUAAUGAUGAGGAUAUUCUGCACAAAUUUUCAUUGGAAUGCGAACCGUCACACACCUCCAGCAAUUCUACAUCCUCACAUCAAGGUGGCAAUUCAUCUCGUAGCGGUGGCGACCAAUUAAGCAUUUAUUCACAUAAUUCGAACUCCUCUUCGGCCCCAAAUUCUUCGCUAUCGCUAAGGAAGCGUCAUCCAUCUUCACCCACCUUAUCUACUACCUCUUCGACGAGUUCGGCCAGUGAUCACCGUCGUAAUAACGUAAACCCAAAUUGUCCGAAAUUUGGUACAGCUUCACCGCAAGCCGUGCGAAAGAUACUUUCACUUUCGGAGUCGACAAAAAAACGGCCACAUCAACCUUUUCCCCGACCACCGGCUGUUCUGCCCGGUAAUCUGCCAUUACUUAGCAAUCCUCACCAUCUGCAAGGCCACAGUUUCAAUCCAGCGGCAACGGCGGCAUUAGUCGCCUCUACACCUAGCCCUAGUCCUUGCUCGCACCGUAGAUUGGCGUCGGGUAGCAACUCAGUGCCAGCCACAAUGGUUCCCGUACGUUCGAUACACGAACGCUCUCAUUCAGAUACACCUGCUCCACCUCCGCUACCUUCGGUAGAUCUGAAUGUAGAAAGCAGUAGUGUGACAACUUUUCGUGAUUUACCCUUAAGAAAAUCAGUUACCUCUGGAUCCGUUUCAUCUAAUGACAGUGGUCAUGGUUCUUAUGCUCAGCACGAUACGAGCACAUCUUCUGUUUAUACCGCCGCGGAUUGUCGUCUUUUACAACAAAUCUCUAAUACCGCUACACGUAAUUUAAGUACUCAGUGCAAUACACGCGCCCUUUCACCGCCUCAUACACUUCAUCCAUCCAAUAUGACUGCACCUCUACCACCACCACCUUCUUCUGUUACCCCCACAACCCCGCAAUAUAUAAUGCGGACACAGAAUACUCAGUUGUAUGCGACAAAUGGGACACCACCGCAAUUAGCAACUGUUCCAGCGACAGCACCAAACAUGCCGCCUCCAUACGCAACAGCGGCAGCAUUGUUGCAUCAUAGCAAUCAUAGACAUUCCAAUAUGCAUGAAAUUUUCUUUUGAAUCUCUUUUCAAGGUACCCCAGGCUGCCCCAUGUGUCCCCCUAUGCCUCCAAUGAAUCAAUAAAAAUCAUGAAGCAUAUUUUUAAAGAACAAAGAUUUU